GCAAAAGGAUAGAUGAAUAAGGAAAGGUUAUCAUGUGUGGGUUCGCUUUUUCUAUCCUUUGGUGGUGACUAAAAAAGGGUUUGCCCAAUAAAUCAAUCACAAUAAGAUAUUCUAUCUUGGGUCUUCUUGGCUAGCCUUCACAGCCAUCAGAUUUUCUUGGCUUUCUUCCUUUUUUGGUCUCCUCCUCCUCCUCCUCUAAGCUUUCUGGGUUUUGUUUUGGAUUUUGCCUCUUUGGCUUCUUGGCUCCUUUGCUUCUUCUUCGUCUUCUUCAAGAUAAGAAAAGUUCCAAGUUCUUUCCUUGCCUAUUUGGUGCGGAGAUGGUGAGAGGGAAGACUCAAAUGAGGCGCAUAGAGAACGCCACGAGAAGGCAAGUAACCUUCUCUAAGCGGCGAAAUGGAUUGCUAAAGAAGGCUUUUGAGCUAUCAGUUCUUUGUGAUGCUGAGGUUGCUCUUAUAAUUUUCUCCCCAAGAGGCAAGCUCUAUGAAUUUGCAAGUACUAGCAUGCAGGAGACAAUAGAACGUUACAACAGGCAUACGAAGGAUACUCGAACCAAGCCAAGUGAACAAAACAUGCAGCUUCUGAAGACUGAAGCAGCAAACAUGGUGAAGAAGAUUGAGCUUCUUGAAGUUUCAAGACGGAAACUACUAGGAGAAGGCUUAGGGUCAUGCUCGCUAGAAGAAUUACUGCAGUUAGAACAACAGUUGGAAAGGAGCGUAAGCAGCAUAAGAGCAAGAAAGGCACAAGUUUUCAAGGAACAGAUGGAGCAAUUAAAAGAAAAGGAGAAAGUCCUAGCUGCUGAAAACGCAAGGCUUUGUGAGAAGUGUGCUAUGCGGCCAUGGCAAGGAUCAAAGGAGCAGAGAGAGAAUGUUCCCUAUGAUGAAAGCAGUCCAAGCAUAGACGUGGAAACCGAAUUGUUCAUCGGACUACCAGAAAGGAGAACAAAAUGCUUCCUGCUACAGAACUGAUUGAUGGCAACUUAUCCCAUCCCUAGCAAAUAUGAAUACAAGGCAAAAGUUCACAUAUUACGCAUCUUAGUUUUGAAUAAAAUGCAUACCAGCAAUGCUAUGGUUAGUGCAAAAAUGUUCGUUGCAGAAACUACCAUGAGCAUGACCAAGGAUUCGCUACAUAAAACCUAAUAUCUUGGAGCAUGGUACAUGUCAUGGAAAUGCUUCAAUAUUCUAUUAGCCUGUAUUUUAGCGGAUCAAUCCUGCUGCCUCAGGAUAUAUUGAUUGUCAUUCAGCAAAUGUUUUUAUUUUAAGGGAAAAGAAACUUCUGCCAUUAAAUCAA